AUGGGUAAUCCUAAAGAUCCCAUUGCUGGGGUUGAAAAUAUAGUACCCAGUUCUGAAUAUAGGCAGCCGAAAAUUCAUCAUGUAACCAAUAGCAGUCCAAUAUUAGACGUCAAAUCAAUAACAUUGGCACUCAAAUGUCCAAGUUGCAAAGAACCUUUUAAUGUGCGUGCAAACUUGACAGCCGUUACGGAAACUACUGCUACUGCUGAAAUGAGAUUUAACGCUGCAGGUGCAAAUUUCCCAGUACAUGAAAAUAGAAAACUGAAAUUUGACAAUAAGACCCGCAAUAAAGGACAACUAAAAGUUGUUGCUGCUGCUGCUUGUAGGAACUACACGCCGCCUAAAAGUGCGGGAAAACGUCGACACGCAUAUGAUCUGAUUCUAAAAGUGCGGGAAAACGUUGACACGCAUAUGACUCUGACUCUGAUUCUAAGGAUGAUCCCCCUAGUUCAAAGAAAUCCAAGGUCUCAUUUGGUUGCAAAGCUUAUCUUCCUCGAUCAAUUAUGUGAGCUCUCACCAUACCUACCGAGAAGCUUACUGGAAUCUCAUGUACCUUAUGCCAUCCUUCGUUCAGUAUACAGUCAGUACUACUUGAAUUCUUCAACUCCACUGGCAUUAUUGAGUUCAUCUCCCUGA